AGUGUUGGUCAGACCAUCACAGACAUCCAGAUACAUUAGGAGAAUGGAGAACAUUACAACCUCUACUCUGCCUCCCUACACCAUGGAUGAUCUUCUUGAGAUUUCAACUGGUAGAGAAUAUAAUGGUCACAGAGCUAUGGGCGGCCUCCAUAUAUUUUCUAUUGCGGUCUAUGCUGUGGCCUUCUUGCUGGGGACAACAGGAAAUAGCUUAGUCAUUUGGAUUGCUGGUUUCAAAAUGAAGAAAACAGUCAAUGUAGUGUGGUUCCUUAAUUUGGCCAUUGCAGAUGUUAUCUUUACAUUCUUGUUGCCCCUGAGUAUUGCCUACAUUGCUCUUGGAAUUCACUGGCCUUUUGGUACCUUUAUGUGCAAGCUAAAUAGUGGAAUAACAUUUCUCAAUAUGUUUGCCAGUAUAUUCACACUCACAAUUAUCAGUAUAGAUCGCUGGAUCUUUGUGAUGUUCCCUGUAUGGGCCCAGAACCAUCGGACACCCCGUAUGGCUUCCAUAGCAUCUCUUUUUAUUUGGCUUUUUGCACUGAGUUUCAGUUUAACAUAUUUUAUAUUUCGUGACACAUAUGAAGAAGAUGAUGGAAGGAUCAUCUGUUUCAAUAACUUCGAUGAAGAAGAUGAUGAUUUGCAUGAUCUGAGACACAGAGCUACAGUGAUUACAAGAUUUGUUGUUGGCUUCUUCAUCCCUUUCACAAUUAUUAUCGUUUGCAACAUGUUGAUCACUUUACACCUCCAUAGAAAUCGUAUGGCGAAAUCUACCAAACCCUUUAAAGUAAUUGUAGCUGUUCUGCUUUUUUUCUUUUUCUGUUGGUUACCAUAUCAUAUUCUAUCUUUUUUGGACCUGUAUGCAAAUGACAAUGGUGAUCCUUUUCUACAUAAAGUCUUAGAUAAUGGGAUUCCAGUUGCCAUAGGUUUGGCCUACCUGAACAGCUGUGUCAACCCGUUCCUCUAUGUGUUCAUAGGUCGAGACUUCAAGACAAAAUUCUGGACCUCAAGCCAGGCUAUUUUUGAGAGAGCUUUCCGUGAGGACCUUACUCAGACAGAUUCCAGGAGUAAAAGUAAAUCCACCUCUGACUCUCAGUUACUUUAAAAUGAAAUUGUUUUAGAAGCAGAUCUUAUUCUCUAUUGUUGUAAAAAUUGCUUAAUUGCAGCCUGCAUAAAUGCCAGAUCAUUUUAUGACAGAAGAUAACCUAUCUGGUAACAAUGAAAAUUAUGGGAAACAAAAGAUUAAAAACACUCACAAACAGACCUUAUUCAGAAUGCACAACAUCUCUCAGUUACAAAAUGGUGCUGAAAACAUUAUGGACAAAUUAACAGAUAUAUUGUCAAAAGAGGAAUUUGAAUACAAAAGCAACACUACAUGCCAAACAUCAUUUUACAAUAUUUUCGCAGAUAAAGACAUUAAUACAUUUUAUACAUGUGGACAAUUCAGCGAAAUACCUUAUCCAUA